AUGAUUGAACCUUUUCAGACGACCUUCUCGGUCCCAAUGACCUGUGAAGGAUGUGUUAAAGAUAUCUCUACAUCACUAUACAAGCUGGAUGGCAUCAAGAAUGUCGAGGCAAACCUUAAGGACCAACUUAUCUUCAUUGAAGGCACUGCGCCCCCAAGUUCUAUUGUGUCCGUGAUCGAAGACACUGGCCGUGAUGCAAUUUUGCGCGGAAGUGGCACAACUGACAGCUCCGCUGUUUGUAUCCUCGAAACCCACUCCAAUGCCGUCUCUAAUAAGAUCCGUGGCUUGGCUCGUAUGGUCCAAGUCUCGUCGAAUAAAACCCUGGUCGAUCUGACUAUCAAUGGUCUCACGCCGGGUAAAUACCUUGCUACUAUCCGGGAAGCAGGUGAUAUUUCCCAGGGCGCUUCAUCGACGGGUGGUGUCUGGGAGUCGUUGAAGGCAAAGGUACUUGGAUCGGAAGCUGUUCAGGAGAAGGAGCCUCGAGGGAUCUUUGGUUCCGUCGAAGUAGAUAUUAAGGGACGUGGGAAUGUCUUCCUUGAUCGACCCGUGGCUAUUUGGGAGCUGAUUGGCCGCAGUAUGGUGGUUUCAUCGAAGACUGAGGGUCCAUUUAAGAGGGAGGAUGAGAAUACGCUGGUUGGUGUUAUUGCUCGUAGUGCUGGUGUGUGGGACAAUGAUAAGAUGGUGUGCUCUUGCUCUGGAAAGAAUGUGUGGCAGGAGAGGCAGGAGCAGGUUAGCCAGGGUAUGGCCUAA